AUGCGUACGUCUGGCUUAUUUGGAGCUCUGCUCUCGAUCGCUCUGCCUCUGGUUGCCGCCAAUCCGCUCAAUGCAGCUGUCCUUGGUCGUGGUCCGGGCAUCGACGAAGUCGCACGUCGUACGCCCGGCGACGUUGCGCGCCGUGCGACUGUCGGCGGUCCCUAUAUGAACGCAGCAUUCAUACAUUAUGUUGGCGGACCACUCGCUUGUGGCCCCAUAAACUCCAACUUUUUCGUAGCGUUGGACGCGUCCCAAUUCGGCACGGGCUUCCCGGGCCCGAACUGCAACGUCCCGAUCACCGUCCAGGUGGGCUCCCAUUCGAUGACCGCGGUGAUCCUGGACGUUGUGCGUGUUACCCCCUUCUCUUCCUGCCCGGGUGAUGGUUGUUCAUUGGUAUUGUGCGGUGCUGCAGUGCGUGGAGUGCGGGGAAAACGGGUUGGCCAUGUCGAGUGCCCUUUUUGA